AUGCUUGGAGCCCGGCAGGUGGUAGAUGUCUUUCUGAAGGACGACGGCCAGCGGACAGGGCGAAUGUGGGGCUUCGUGACAAUGGCAGAGCCGAGCCUAGCCCAGGCCGCAAUCACAGCGCUUAAUGGCAAAGUACUGAGCGUGGCAAAGCCAGACAGUGACAUGCAGGCACAGACCAUGCCACAAGGCGACGUGCAGAUGACUGGCGCUGCUCCUUGGGGUGAAGCACACUACCAGGGCGGCUGCGAUGGCUGUGGCGGUUGUGGCGGUUGUGGCGGUUGUGGCGGUUGUGGCGGUUGCGGCGGUUGUGGCUGUGGUUGUGGCUGUGGUUGUGGCGGUUGUGGCUGCGGCUGUGGAGGCUGCGGCUGUGGCGGUUGCGACUGUGGCGGCUGCGGAUGCAGCGGUUGUGGCUGUGGUGGCUGCGGCUAUGGCUGUGAUGGCUGCGGUGGCUGUGGUUGUGGCGGUUAUGACUAUGGCAACUGCUGUGGCGGAUGCUGCGGCUGUGGCGGCUAUGGCUGUGGCUGCGGAGGUUGCGACUAUGGCUAUGAGGCUCCUGCCCUUGCCGGGGUGGCACCGCCAGAAGUGCUAGCAGCACCGCCCGCCCUGGCCGGGGUGGCACCAUGUUCGGCGCUUAUUCCGGAGGUACCAAAGCCGCCGCCAGCAGCACGGCCAGCAGCACAGCCAGCAGCACAGCCAGCAGCACAGCCAGCAGCACAGCCAGCAGCGGCUCCGCCAACUGUGCAGCCAUCAGUGCAGCCGGCAGAGCAGGCGUCAGCCGCGCAACCUCCUGUGGUGCAGCCAGCAGAGACGCUGCCGGCAGCAGCUUUACCUGCGCCGGAGGCAGCGUCACAGCCAUCUGCAGCAGAGUCAGUGGCGCAGCCACCAGCUGUGCUGGCAGUUGCGCAGCCACCGACAGAGCAGGCGCCAACGGUGCAGCCGUCGGAGCCAGCACAGCUGCCAACGAUGCAGCCCGAGCAGGCGCCCCCGGCACAGUCGUCGACAGCGGCAGAUGCACAGCCGCCAGAGCAGGCAGCGCAGCUGCCGACACAGCCACCAGCAGAGCAGGCGAAGCCUGAGGAGCCGGCAAAGUGA